GAUUCCGAAAUUGUCACCUUUCUCAUAUUACUCUCUGUUACCGAAUUUCCCGAGUACCAGACUGCUUCGCAUUGGAACUUCAUUAGUACAACUUUGCAGGAAGUCAUCCAAUCAGAGUGGAAAAGUUAGUGACUAUGGUGCAGCUGUUACUCGAUUGCGUUUUCCAGUUUCUUCAAGACCGAUUCGUAUGAAAAGGGCUGAGGGUGUUGGUGGUGGUGUAACAGGUCGUAUGAUGUUGCUUAAACGGUAUGUUUCAAAGCUAUUUGAUGAUGAACGCAUCGAAUUGCCAUGGCCACAUGCUACUGAAACUCGAUUAUACGCUGAGCGUUUGAUUCAGGAAAGCAUCUUGGCAUCAGCUGAACAGGAUCUAGUUUCGCUAUUUGAACUUUGGAAAAAUUCUAAGGAACCAAAAACCAACGAUAAACUCAAUCUUGGUAUUCUAGAGCUUUCUGUGUUUUGGCUAACUGAGGAACGUUUAGUUGAAAAAUUAUUCAAGGUAUUUGUACCAAGAUACAGGUUUUAUGAACGCGCAUACACUAGUUUGUUUAAGAUUUUUCCUCCAGUUCAUCCGAUAAAAUCUAGUGGUACUAAAUUAUUUGGAAUAUUGGAAUUGCACGGAAAUCCAUGGCCACCUGUUCGUGGUCAUGGUAUAAUUGGAAGAAGUUUAAAUCCAGAACCAUUUCAAGAUCGUUAUCUCAUUAAUGUUCUGUUGGAUGCUGCACGUGAAUCAUCAGUUAAGAAGAAUUGUACACUAUCCACAUCAUCACCUAUUGUAAUUGAUUAUAAACUACGUCCAAUUAAUUAACUGUAUGUGAUACACUUAUGUAAAUAUCCAUUAUUUAUCUAUUAACGGAUCUUGUAGGUCUAUACUUCUAUUCCAUAUUCCUUAUAAAUACUUGGAAAACUUUUCAUAUUAUGAAAUAAAUUUGCAUUUUACUGCAUGUACUCUUUUUGAUUUUCCGAUUUAUUAAAUAUAUAUUUCUAAAAGACUA